AUGAAGGACGCAAAGCAAUCUUCCACAAAGGCAGCUCGCCUAUCCGCAUAUCCGAGGAAACGGCCAUCACCUUAUGGUGUCUCGAAAUCACACCAACGUGCUCCCUCUGCCUCUGCCGGCAUUCGCAAGACGCCACGAGCCACAAGAGGGGCGCCCUCACAGCGUAGACUCAGCCGCGCUGUCAUCGUGGCAUUGCGUCGAGAUGGGAUCUUUCUAGAGGAGGAGUAUCAGGACGAGAUACGGUUUUAUAUGCACGAGAUGGAGCUACAAACAAUGGCAUCACCGCACUCUAUUGACCAGCAGCCCGAAAUCCGCUGGGGCAUGCGACCCUGUCUCGUCGACUUCCUGGUCGAGAUACAUUUCACGUUCCGCCUGCGACCCGAGACGCUCUAUUUGACCCUCAACAUUAUUGACCGCUACAUCUCGCGGCGUAUCGUCUACACGAAGCAUUAUCAGCUCGUGGGUUGUGUCGCGCUUUGGAUCGCGGCAAAGUUUGAAGACGCAAAGGAACGAGUACCAACCGUUCAAGAUCUCGCGCAGAUCUGCCGAGACACAUACGACGCUACGGCCUUCAUCCAGAUGGAGGCGCACGUCUUGCAGACAAUUCAAUGGUCCUUGGGUCACCCAACUGCUGAGGCCUGGCUGCGUCUGUUUUGUUGUGGUCCCUUCAUUGAGGACUCCAAGGUUCAGCAUGUCUCCCGUUUCCUCAUGGAAGUUACUCUGUUCCAUCGGGAGUUCUGUGGAUACCCGGCAUCCGCCAUCGCUCUGGGCUCCUUGACACUGGCACGGUUCCUGUGCGGGAAGAGUCGUCAAAUUCUCGAGGAAACCGAAGAGUCCCUUGAAGUUGUUGAACACUUGGACACGCGUCUCUCUCAGAUAACCGAGCUCUCGGAGACCGUGGUCAAAAAGUAUUCCUACGCAUUCUUCUCCAAGGCAGCGACGUUUGUCCUACACUUCUACUUGCAAGGCGGACGCUUCUCGCAUCAACCUCUCGUUGAACUGCCGAUGACGCCGAUUCGUUCCCGUUCAUCGAAGGCAAGCACCCCAAUGAGUGUGUCGACAACGGCGUCUGAUCUUUCGGACGAUAUGCCUGUCACGCCGUCAAGCCCUGGGUUUUCAAGCGACAUGUUCUCUGGCUCUUACAUGUCAGACGACAAGGAGAACCUCCCUUCGGAGACGUUCGAGCCCGUCGUCAACAAGCAACAUCUGGAGCCGACGCCAGAGCAGUACCUGCCACACGAUUUCGUCGCGUUUGGCAGGCCUGCCCUCCACAACUUGAACAUCUCCUCUCCGCGCCCUGCUGUGGUGGCAUGA